AUCGCUCAGUACAGUACACCUGUUCCUAAGAAAGAGUCCAUACAAGUUCAUACUGCUGUAAAAGAGGCCACACCUGUAAAACUUGGGUACCGACCACAUUCCACCUCUAUUGAAAAUAUAAACUCAAAUGUUGUUAUAAGUAGAUCUCAAUACAAGCCACAAGCUAAUUCGGAAUUAUCAGGUGCAUUACGAGAUGUGAAGGAAUAUAUCGUAGAAUCAGAAGAUUAUCUAGAUGAUUUAGGAGAAUUAAUUGAGGGAUUACCGAAGUCAGGGACGUAUUUGACGAGUCUAGACAAGAAUUUAUUGUUAUUAAAAGCCACGUCGUCUGCAACUAUGCAAUGUUUACAUCAGUGUCUUCAUAUACUCCACACAAAACAGGCAAUGAUGAAUCAUCAUCCGUUACCUCUAACAGCACCAAGUAAACCCAGAUCAUAUUCUGGUCUACGAAGAACCAGCAGUCAACAUAGUGCUCCCUCUACAGCUGAGAGUUAUUGUUCCACCACUUCCGCACAAAUCACGUCAAAUUCUCCGCAUUUAUUAACAGAUCAGAAAUUAAAUGGUGAUAUGUGUAAAGAUAUAAUAAAUCAUGAAGAAGAAGUGUUAGAUGAAACAGAGUAUAAAGAUUCUGAUCUCGAUGGUGUGGAAGAACAUAAAUCUAUUAUACUUCAUCUUUUAUCGCAACUUAAAUUAGGAAUGGAUCUCACCAAGGUAGUUUUACCAACUUUUAUAUUAGAACGACGAUCAUUGUUAGAAAUGUUUGCCGAUUGUAUGGCACAUCCAGAUUUAUUUCUAAAAAUACCUGAGAAAUCUGAUGCUGAAGAGAGAAUGUUAACAAUAUUAGAAUGGUAUUUAACAUCGUUUCACGCAGGUAGACAGGGUUCUGUUGCCAAGAAACCGUAUAAUCCAAUAAUAGGAGAAACGUUCCAUUGUUCAUGGGAAAUACCUCACGAAACGGAAUCCACGGCUAGCGAUGACACUAAUCAUGUAAAAACAGAUAGAUUGAUUUAUUGUGCUGAACAGGUGUCACAUCAUCCACCAGUUUCAGCUUUUUAUUUUGAAUGUCCUAGUCGAAGAGUGUGUAUGAAUGCUUCUAUCUGGACCAAAUCUAAAUUUAUGGGAAUGUCUAUAGGGGUUGUUAUGGUAGGAAAAGUAACGUUACAUCUGUUAGAUUAUGGUGAAGUUUAUACGUUUAGUUUACCCAGUGCCUACGCCCGAUCUAUAUUAACGGUACCCUGGGUUGAAAUGGGUGAUAAAAUAACUAUAUCCUGUCCACAGACCAACUAUUCAUCAGCUGUUGUCUUUCAUACCAAGCCGUUUUACGGUGGUAAAUUACAUCGAGUUACAGCAGAAGUACGUCAAGGUGAAACGGGAGAUGUAGUUUGUAAAGUUCAAGGUGAAUGGAACGCAUCGUUAGAUUUUAAUUAUGCAAAUGGUGAGACAAAGUCGAUAGAUGUACAGAAAUUAAAAGUGUGGCGUAAACGUGUUCGACCAAUCGAAUUACAGUGUGAGAAUGAAUCACGAAGGUUAUGGCAGCAUGUGACGAAAUCUUUAAGUAUGGGUGACGUAGAGACAGCUACGGAACAUAAACGAUGUCUAGAAGAUAAACAACGAGAAGGUGAACGACAUAGAAAAGAAACAAACUCAUCUUUUCCUACUAAAUUUUUCAGAAAGAUUGAUGAUACCUGGGUGUACAAGAAUCCAUUGACAUCACAAAUAAAAUCACCUGCUUCAUGAUUGAACAUCGAUAGCUAGAAAUCAACAUUGUAUAAAAUACAAAUAACACACACAACUAUCACUAUAAUCAUCGUCAUACUAUAUGUAGGGGGUUACGUGGUUACGAUUCCCACACUUGUACGUGACAAGGAGUUUUGAAAUACAAUUAAGCUGUGUUUUAGUCCUGAAGUGUGUCGAGCGGACGUUAAACCCCCAUUUCUUUCUCGCUCUCUUCAUACUAGUAACAAGCAUACAUCACACACAGAUUUACAAGGGAGUGACACAGAUUUACAAGGGAGUGACACGCAAUAGCGAGGGAGUGAAAAAGAAGAGCAAACAAGUGAUACAGAAUUGAGUCCGGUUAGUCCUGAAACAGACAUGUGAUGAUUUGUAGAGACACUGUCAAUAUCAAUGGUGCUCAUAUUUAACAGAAUUGCUAUCAAGAGUCAUGGAAAUGUAUCUUUUAUCUGUUGCCUGAAAAUCUGAUGUACAGUUACUCAGUCUGAUUAAAACACAGAUCCUAUUUCGUUUCAUUUUUAUAGUUCAAAAUUUAGUUUUACUUGUCUUUACUACACUAGGAUCUGGAAGAGUUGUUAUCAUUGACGUGUUCUGGAUGGUGUGAAGGAUUAGCCAAUGAAACGGUCUGUUACAGCGAGCUUUAGGCACAGAACUGUGGGUAAUCCACUAGAAACAUCAAUGCUGAUUGUUUAAUCAAAUGUCUGAUGUCAAAGGGUCAAAAGCCGCUUGUAUGACCUCUGACGUGACCUAUCGCAACAACCGGUCAGAUCUUCAUGUUGUGUUGGCCCUUCGAAAGUAUAAAAAAAACGAAACGAAAUAUCAAUCUGUAUUUAAAUCAGAUUGUUCAGUUACUCUAAUUGUGGUAAAAUAUCAGGGUAAAAUUGACCUGGGAUACCAAGCAUGAAUGGAAUAAUGCUGCGACUGGGCUAUUGAAGACAGAGAAUGGAAAUUAGCCUGUGUUAAACAUACGUUAUACAAUCUUCCUAUUGCAGGUCUUUCUUUAGGCCUUAAAUGUUAUCUAAAUUAUUAAUUAGACAUUUAUUAGCAAAAAAAGACCAUAAUCAACUUUCGAUGCCAUGGGAUACUCGAGAUUUUAACUAGAUUAGAAAGGUUUGUCAUUUAAAAAUUUAAUUUAAAAAUGGGAAAGCGAGGCUAAGACUCAAAUAUACCCAUGCCCUGGUUACCACAAUGCAUACAUCUUUUCAAAACUACAAACAGUGAUAACUUGGCUCAGAAUAGAGUAAUAUGAAUAAAAUGUUCAAUACAUUCAUUUUACAUUAUCUAUUUUUGAGUUUUAUAGCAAGAAUGGUCAGCUCUUUAUUUAAAUCUUACAGAAUGUAUCUUUAAUUAUUCCAGUUGGUGCAGAAUCGUCAGACGUUAAUAUUAUGUCUGCUUCCUAUUCGCAAUGAUCAGAUUGGAAUCUGUCCCGAUCACCAGGCUCAAUCCAAGAUACAUUAUGUCCGAUUUAGAUAAAUAGCAGACAGUUCUCGCUAUAAUAGAUUAAAAACAGGACAUGGAAAUGGAAUACAUUAAAAAUUUCAGUGUGGCCUUUAAGUCUGAAUUAUCCAUUUUAUUGUUAGAUUUAUGAAUCUUACAGGUAUUCUAAUCCAUGUAAUAUCACAUCCAUCCGAUGAUCUAGAGAGUUUAUUCAUCCGAUGGUCUAGAGAGUUUAUCCAUCCGAUGGUCUAGAGAGUUCAUCCAUCCGAUGGUCUAGAGAGUUCAUCCAUCCGAUGGUCUAGAGAGUUCAUCCAUCCGAUGGUCUAGAGAGUUCAUCCAUCCGAUGGUCUAGAGAGUUCAUCCAUCCGAUGGUCUAGAGAGUUCAUCCAUCCGAUGGUCUAGAGAGUUCAUCCAUCCGAUGGUCUAGAGAGUUGAUUAUAGGCUAAUCAUGUUCAAUUUCAUCCAUCCGAUGGUCUACAGGGUCGAUUAUAGGCUUAUGUGAAUAAUUUCUAUAAGAUUUGAACCUAAAAUAACCUAACAUAAAGACCUGCAACAGGCCGAUUUAGCUCUUACAUAAUGUACAAGGCAACUGUCUAGUCAUUCAGAUGGGUGAAAUACCGAGAUCCUGUGCACGUAAAAAAAAAUGAUCCCUUCGCAGCUGGAAUUCGCUCUAAGAGUAGGCAGUAGCACCGCUGUUGCGCAAAAUUUCCCUCAUAGUACACUGUAUCGCAUAUGCCCGUCUUCAUUAGCCCAGUCGGAGCAGAACAGUAGGAUGUUAAACCCCAUUUCAUUUCAUUUUCUUACAUAAUGCAUCUUUAGCUAAUUUCAGGAAGUCUAUCUCCCAGUAGGUUACGGUAAAUUAGAUUUGUUAACAAAUAUAAUGAUAACUAUAGUAUAUCUCAAAUAACGCAAGUUUUCUGGGUAUCCUUUUCAUUCUAAUUUCGUUCUAAUUUGUAAACAAACUGAGUUUUCAGUAGAAAAAAGUAGCAUCUUGACCUUUGAUGUUUGACCUCUUGACCUGCAAUUUUUCUAAGUUUUGAUCACAAGACCUGUGAUGUUUUGAUCACAUGACCUGUGAUGUUUUGAUCACAUGACCUGUGAUGUUUUGAUCACAUGACCCGUGAUGUUUUGAAGAGUGGUAUGAAUGGAACGGUUCUGUUAGUAAGAUUGAGGCAGACAGUUGAUUAGAAUGUUUAUAUAUAAUAUUUUGUGAAUUUUUUUUUCAUUUUGAAAUUAUUUCCAUAGCAACUGUUUAUAUACAAUUAUCUAAGGUGCAAUAUUAAUGUCAUCUGAAACAGAACACAAUUAAACAGUAGGAUUUACUGUCCAGGAUACAUUAAUCUACUGUAUUUAUAUACUUGAUACACAGGACUACUGUAUUUAUGUACUGGACAUAUAAGUCUACUGUAUUUAUAUACUUGAUACACAGGACUACUGUAUUUAUGUACUGGACAUAUAAGUCUACUGUAUUUAUAUACUGGACAUAUAAGUCUACUGUAUUUAUGUACUGGACAUAUAAGUCUACUGUAUUUAUAUACUUGAUACACAGGACUACUGUAUUUAUGUACUGGACAUAUAAGUCUACUGUAUUUAUAUACUGGACAUAUAAGUCUACUGUAUUUAUGUACUGGACAUAUAAGUCUACUGUAUUUAUAUACUGGACAUAUAAGUCUACUGUAUUUAUGUACUGGACAUAUAAGUCUACUGUAUUUAUAUACUUGAUACACAGGACUACUGUAUUUAUGUACUGGACAUAUAAGUCUACUGUAUUUAUAUACUGGACAUAUAAGUCUACUGUAUUUAUGUACUGGACAUAUAAGUCUACUGUAUUUAUAUACUGGACAUAUAAGUCUACUGUAUUUAUGUACUGGACAUAUAGGUCUACUGUAUUUAUAAAACAAUGUUAUUUGUGUCAGUUUAUUGUUUUACAGUAUCUAUAUUUAGAUCCAAAUUAUUAUCCCUUUUAUAAUCUUCUUGUAAAGAAUAUAUUUGUAAUACAUUUCACCUUAUUCAUAUCAACCAUUGAUAUUAUUUAUUUCUUUACAUAGAAGUUUAAUUAUUAUUAUUAUUAUUAUUACACAAUUUGGCUACUCAAGUUUUAAACAUAAAAUUAGAAACUGUGAUUCCAUAGUUUGAUGUACUGUAUGUCACAUAUCAUGAUUUAAAUGUAUAUUAUACAGUAUGGUGUACAUAUUUUUGAUGUACUUGGUUUUCCUCACAAUAACAAGAUAUAUUGUUCCCAACCUUUAGCAGUUGUCUGGCAAGGAACAACGUAUAGUGAGUGGUGCAAGGCCUGGCGAGGACAUGAAUUAGGACUGUAGUUGUAUAUACUAUAUAUAUAUAUACUGAGUGUAAAUAUAUUAUGCACGUCACAUGAUCUUACUAUCAUAUCAACUGUGAUAAACACUUUCAUAACAAAUAUCAGUUUUUAUUUCUCAUUUGGGGAUCACGUGGCUAAGUGGGUAAGACGCUGGCUCGCUUACAUGGAGGUCGGGUGUUCGAUCCCUGCAUUGGCUGAGAAAGUUCGUUCAUCCAGAUUUUCCGGCGUGGUUUCCCCUAGUCAGUGAUGCAGGACGGAGGGCCUGACAAGGACAGCUGUAUAAUCAUUCGGAUGGGAUGAAAAACCGAGGUCCCGUGUACACAUUGGCAUGCCCGUCUUCAUUAGCCCAGUUUAGGAGCAGAAAAGUAGGACGUUAAGCCCCAUUUCAUUUCAUUUUCCUAAACAAAUAUAUGUUUAAAGUAAGGGAAUUUAUAGAUAUACCACCGUAUACAUAUCAACAAAUUCUCCUCUGCUACUUCGGUCACUGUCGGCGAUCUCGUCUGGGUGUCGAGAGUUUUUUCCCCAGUUUCUUUGGUAAUGUAUUUUUGGGGAAGCUGGUAGGGACAACGUUGUCUAACAGAAGCUUCGCAAAUACAGUCGAUGGUGUGACAAGCUCAACCAAUUUCCGUACCUCAGGCUACAAAAUAGUUUUCUCAGUUUUAAUCUGUUGCACCUGUUUCUCUUAUGUCCAUAAAGGGCAAUCUCUUGAGUAAGCAAAUGCAUGAAAAAAAACCUAUGAACUUGUGCAUUCGUUCAUAUAUUUUACAGUACGGUCUGCCCAUACAUGUAAAGGGGUGAUUCAACAAUUUAUAUCAGACACCAGGGGCCAAACAAAAUCCUUAACAAUGGUUAAUGCUAUAAUAGCCCUUUUUGUCAAAAUUGUGGUGAAACUAUAAUUACACUGAUAUUUACAAUCUUACCCGUCCUCAUUAUUAUCUAUUUAUCUUAUAAAUUAAUUAGUUCUAAGGUUAGGGUCGUGAAAGAACGGAACCUAUCGAGAGUCAACGUUCCGCAACCUCCCGGUCAUGAUUUUGAUAUUGGUUCAAGUACGAACUCUGUCCACACUAAGUGUUCCGCAACCAUCCGUUCGGGAAUUA